AUGGGCUCCGCCUCCGCCUCCUCGCUCCCGACAUCCGCCGGCGCUGGCGAGAACUUGGUCCUCAUUCUCGACUUCGGCUCGCAGUACACCCAGCUCAUCACCCGCCGCGUCCGGCAGCUGGGAGUCCUCUCACUGUGCGUCUCCGGCACCGCGCCGCUCUCCUCCCUCACCGGGCUACGUCCCCGCGCCGUCAUACUCUCCGGCGGACCCCACUCCGUCCACGCCUCGGGCGCGCCCUCCUUCCCUGAGGGAUUCCUCGAUUUCGCUGCCGAAGCGGGCGCGCAUGUUCUGGGCGUGUGCUACGGUAUGCAGCUCCUAGUUCAGUCCCUUGGCGGCGCCAUCGAGGCUGGCGAGCGGCAGGAGUACGGCGAUAUGGAGGUAGAGACUACUGCGACGUCCUCCGCGCUGUACGGCGAGAACGGGGUGGGGAACAGACAGUCGGUGUGGAUGAGCCACGGCGACGAGGUGGUCAGACUGCCUCAGGGGUUCGAGGUUGUGGCACGAAGUGUGCAGGGCGCAAUCGCAGCCAUCGAGCAUCGGGAGAAGCGUUUUUAUGGACUCCAGUACCACCCGGAGGUGACACAUUCGACCCAAGGAAAGGAAACACUGCGCCGCUUUCUUUUUGAUGUUUGUGGGAUUAAAGCUGACUGGAAGAUUCAGGAUGUGCUGGAUGAGGAAAUUAAGAACAUCAAAAGUAUGGUCGGGACUGAUGAACAUGUGAUUUGCGCGUUAUCAGGAGGAGUUGAUUCGACAGUUGCAGCCACACUCGUUCAUAACGCAAUAGGUGAUAGGCUUCAUUGUGUUUUUGUUGACAAUGGUCUAUUGAGAUACAAGGAGAAGGAACGAGUAAUGUCAACCUUCAAUAGUGACUUGCACCUUCCUGUCACAUGUAUUGAUGCCUCGGAGCAAUUUCUUAGCAAGUUAAAAGGAGUCAAAGACCCAGAGAUGAAAAGAAAGAUUGUUGGCAAAGAAUUCAUAGCUGUCUUUGAUGAAUUUGCUCACAUGUUAGAACAGCAGACAGGAAAAAGACCUGAAUAUUUAGUUCAAGGAACAUUAUACCCUGAUGUGAUUGAAUCAUGCCCACCCCCUGGGAGUGGUAUGACACAUUCCCACACCAUCAAAAGCCAUCACAAUGUAGGUGGUCUUCCUGAAGAUAUGAAAUUGAAGCUCAUUGAACCACUCAAGCUCCUAUUUAAGGAUGAGGUGCGGAAGUUGGGCAGUAUCUUAAAUAUCCCAGAGUCAUUCUUAAAGCGACAUCCAUUUCCCGGGCCUGGUCCUGCUGUACGUAUCCCAUCAGGUGAUGUUACAGAAGGCAAUGCUUUGGAGGUUCUUCGUCAGGCGGAUGAGAUAUAUGUUCAAGCCAUUAGAGAUGCAGGACUCUAUGAUACAAUUUGGCAAGCUUUUGCUGUGCUUUUGCCUGUCAAAACAGUUGGGGUCCAGGGUGACCAGAGAACUUACGGCUAUCCGGUUAUUUUAAAGGCAAUUACCAGUGAGGAUGGCAUGACUGCAGAUUGGUAUUAUUUUGAACGCAAGUUCCUGGCCGAUGUGUCGAAUAGGAUCUGCAACAAUGUGCGAGGCGUUAACCGUGUUUGCCUGGAGAUAACAUCGAAGCCACCAGCGACAGUGGAGUGGGAAUAG